AAAUCUUAUCAUAUCUCUAUACAAACAGUCUUCCCCCAACCUCCCGCCCCUCUCUGAGCUCCGAGCAAUCAAACUCAAAGCAAUAAUGUCCCUGAAAUUCAAACACCUCCACCGCCACCAACCACUAUAAGCUCAGCUCAGCUCACCGAACCUAAACCCCUCGCCACAAAUGGCCUUCGCAACCGCCAAAAUUUCCGAAAUGCCACUCAGAAACUCACUCCCGCUCACCUCUCACUCCCCUUCCUCUCUCAACCUCCUCUUCUCGUCCCCAAAACUGUCAUUUCACAUCCUCAAGCCCUUCUCUGCUCUCAGAACCACCGAGCACGGCGGCAACCCGAACGCGAGGCCGUCGCCGCACAAGUCCAAGCCCUCGUCGUCCUCCUCCACCGCACCGUGGCUGAAUAAGUGGCCGUCUCGCGGUGCUCCCUCGGAGUUGCCCCGCCAUAAGGUCAACGAUAGAGUCAAGGAGUCCAAGGGCGGUGGAGAGAAGCCGAGUAAUGGCGCUAGGUACGUGGACAAGGACAAAGGCCAGAGCGCGAUAGAGAGGAUCGUGUUCCGGUUGCGGAACCUGGGGUUAGGCGACGAAGACGAGGAGGAGGAGAGCGGUGAUGGUGUUGAAUUGGACGGUCCGGAUUCAAUGCCGGCGGCGAGCGGAGAGGAGAAGCUCGGCGAUUUGCUGCAGCGGGAGUGGGUCCGGCCGGACUAUAUAUUGGUGGAGGAGAAGGGCGACGAUGACGUGGCGCUGCCGUGGGAGAAGGAGGAGGAGGAGGAGGAAUUGAGUGAGGAUGAGGAGGUGAAGGGGCUGAGGAGAGCUCGGAGGUCGAAGGCGCCGAGCUUGGCUGAGCUGACGAUUGAGGAUGAGGAGCUGAGGCGAUUGAGGAGGUUGGGAAUGUUCCUGAGGGAGAGGAUCAGUGUGCCGAAAGCCGGGAUUACGCAGGCUGUGCUGGAGAAGAUUCAUGAUAAGUGGAGGAAGGAGGAGCUGGUGAGGCUCAAGUUUCAUGAGGUUUUGGCUCAUGAUAUGAAGACUGCUCAUGAGAUUGUUGAGCGUCGAACAGGAGGUUUAGUUUUAUGGAGAUCAGGGAGUGUCAUGGUUGUGUACCGUGGGAUUAACUACAAAGGCCCUUCUAAAUCCGAACCCGUUGGUAGGGAAGGAAAUGCUCUUUUCAUCCCAGAUGUUUCAUCAGCUGAAACUCCGGUAACAAGAAGUGGCAAUGAUGUGACUUCAACUCCAGAUAAGACUGAGCAAGCUGUGAAAAUUCCAGCACCUCUUCCGAAGAUGACAGAGGAAGAAGCUGAAUUCAACAGCUUAUUGGAUGAAUUAGGUCCUCGUUUUGUUGAGUAUUGGGGUACAGGAAUACUUCCUGUUGACGCUGAUUUACUUCCUAAAACAAUCCCGGGUUACAAAACACCUUUCAGGCUUCUUCCUACCGGGAUGCGAUCACGGCUGACUAAUGCAGAGAUGACUAAUUUGCGGAAACUUGCUAAAUCAAUUCCAUGUCAUUUUGCCCUUGGGAGAAAUAGAAAUCAUCAAGGGUUAGCAUCUGCAGUACUUAAAGUUUGGGAGAAAAGUUCCGUGGCGAAGAUUGCUGUCAAACGAGGUAUCCAGAAUACAAACAACAAAAUAAUGGCUGAGGAGCUGAAGGCAUUAACAGGUGGUGUUUUACUACUCAGAAACAAAUAUUACAUUGUCAUUUACCGUGGAAAGGACUUUAUCCCAACAAGUGUAGCUGCUGCUCUGGCUGAAAGACAGGAACUAACGAAACAGGUUCAAGAUGUGGAAGAGAUAGUGCGUGUCAAACCAAUAGAUGCAGCUUCUUCAGGUACAGAGGAAGGACAGGCACUUGCAGGAACUUUGGCAGAGUUCUACGAGGCCCAAGCCCGAUGGGGAAGAGAAAUAUCUGCUGAAGAACGUGAAAAGAUGAUUGAAGAAGAUUCAAAAGCUAAGAUUGCCAGGCGUGCAAAACGAAUUGAACAUAAGCUAGGCGUUGCCCAAGCUAAAAAGCUUAGAGCAGAGAGACUCCUAUCCAAGAUAGAAUCAGCAAUGCUUCCUGCAGGUCCUGAUUAUGAUCAGGAAACCAUCACUGAUGAGGAGCGGGUUAUGUUUCGCAGGGUUGGCUUAAGAAUGAAAGCAUACUUGCCUCUUGGCAUACGUGGUGUCUUUGAUGGUGUCAUCGAAAACAUGCAUUUGCAUUGGAAGCACAGAGAGCUAGUGAAAUUAAUAUCCAAACAGAAGACCCUUGCUUUCGUUGAAGAUUCAGCCCGGUUGUUGGAAUAUGAGAGCGGUGGCAUACUGGUGGCUAUAGAAAGAGUUCCCAAAGGAUAUGCUCUUAUAUACUAUCGUGGAAAGAAUUAUAGGCGUCCCAUUACCUUGAGGCCAAGGAACCUUUUAACUAAGGCGAAGGCAUUGAAACGUUCGGUGGCCAUGCAACGCCAUGAGGCUCUCAGUCAGCACAUCGGGGAAUUGGAGAGGACCAUAGAGCAAAUGAGAUCUGAAAUUGGUAUUUCUGAAGAUGUAGAAAAUGAGAGCACUUGGACCUCAAGAAAUCCCCAUCAGAGUGGUCAUGACUCGGAAUUUAACCAAAGUGAGGAUGAAGCUUCUGACAUGGAAUCAGAUGGUAGUGACGAUGAUGAAGGCUCAGAUUGGGAAGAUGAAGAUUAAACAUUAAAAUCCACAAUUUUAAAAGGAAAGAUCAGUUUUGACAAGAAUUCUUGACAACGUGGAAAUAGGGGAGGUUUCUGAGAAAGAGUUGGCUUCUGUUAAGCCUCUGGAAUGGAUAUAAUGAUACUUCCUCAAAGAGGAUUCGAAGUUUACAGAAAAACAGUGAACACCACACAGGAUAUCAUCAAUUGAAGCUGAAGAGUGCACCGCAUACCUCACCAACAGAUGUAAUCAGUAUCUCUUAUGUAAACAGGCGUCCACUAUUGUAGUCAGUCAGCCCAUUGUUGUAUAUUUAGGUGACAUUGUAUUUAUUCUUGUAAAGUUUUCUUUCAUGAAUUGUGUAUACAAUGGACCUGGAUUUAACGCCCUA